GCGCAUGCGCAGAUUACAUUGGCUCAUGUCGUGAUGAUGAUGAUGAUGACGGCGAGACGGGAGAGACGAAAAGAGAGAGGGAAGAAUGGUAAACGGAUACAGUCAACGACAAGUGGGGGUACCAGUGGCAAGCCACGAAUGCGACUAGCGGACCAGUGAGCGAAGAGAACCCGCAUGAUCUCGAUCGGUCUCAUUUUAAAUUACUCGUUUUUAAAAAAAAUAUAUAUUUUUUCUCUUUUUUUACACAAUUAUUAUUGUUAUUAUUAUUGCUAUUUAAUACAAAACGUAUUUAAUUAAUUAAUUGUCAAUGUUUUUAAUUUUUAUUAUCACAAAAAAACAUUAUUUAUUAUCAAAAUUAAAUUUUUUAUUUAUUUUUUGUUGUUAAUGGUAAUAUUAUAUUUGUUGAAUCAAACACAACGACGAGUCACGUAGUUCAACGAAUUCAAGAUAUUAUUUAAACUCUCUUACCAAACGAGUGUUAAUAAAUAAUAAUAAUAAUUUAAAAAAAAAAAAAAAAAAGUGCUAUGGAUAUUUAAAGAAAAAAAAGUUAUUAUUAUAAUUUUAUUUAAAAAAAAAAAUGGUAUAUAAAUUUAGUGAUUAUUAAUUUUGGAGCCAAAAAUAAUUUUUUUUUGUUUUUUAAAUAAAGAAAGUUAAUAAAAGUGUUUAUAAAUAACCAAGUGUGGGAUUUAUAAAUUUAUAUAUAAAUUUAUUGGAUUGAUAGGGGCAAGAUAAUAUAUUAAUUAGUACAACAACAAUAACAACAACAACAACAACAACAAUACAAAAUAUACUGCCAUAUAGUACGACUACAACAACACCACUUACUACUAUUACUCCUACUCCUACUCUUACUACUACUACUACUACUUCUACUACGACUACUACUACUACUACACUACUACAAUCAUCAUCAUGAUCAUGAUGUUGAUGACGAUGAUGAGAAAUGAUACAAUCAUCUCUCCUCUCUCUCACAAAAGCAUCAGUGACUGUGUUUAAUAAAUUAUUUUAAAUACAUGUGCGUGUAAAAGUGGAUUUAUUUAUUAAUUUAAAAAAAAAAGUGUCAAAUUAUUAUUAAUAAUAUAAUAAUUAUUGAAAAUUAAUUUUUUUUUUUUUUUUGUUAAAAGUGAGUAAUUAUUUGUCGAGAGAAAAACACAAGUGUGAGUGGAAUUUUUACUUUUUUUUUUUUAUUUGAAUUAAAUUUGUUUUGUUUAUUGAAUUAUUUGAAAAAAAAAAAAGGAAUAACUCUUCGAUUUGAUAUUGGUAAUUGUGUUAAUCCCCGAAGAAUUUAUCGUGGCUCAACAACGGGGCUCGAGGAGCCGCCUCGGGAUUAUCGCGUGGUGCGCGGCGCGUUCAUGCGCUGCGCGUACCGAUCGUCUCCCGGUGGGUAAAACAAUUAUUACAAAUAUACAUAAAAUAAUACGUAAACGAAGAAGACGAAGAACAAGCUGAAUUAUUAUUAUUAUAAAUAAAUUUAAUAGAAAAUAAGAUAAAAGAAAUAGUGUUUUCACAAGUUUAAAUUAUAUAUUAUUGCUAAAAGCAAAAAAAAAAAAAAAUCAAGUGGAUUAUAUUAAUUUAGUGGUAGUGAAUUAAAAGUGUAAAAGUGUGGAUACCUUGGACUGUCCCCCGCCACCGGCGCUGCCCCCGCGGCGCCCACCUUGGCCGCCAAAUAACGAAUUGAGUACAGCAACCCUAAGGAGUAUUGGGGUGGCAGCUAUUGAUAAUAAUAAAAAUACAAAUAAUCAUUUAUCUAAUUUUGUCGUGAAUAAUCAAAUUAAAAAAACGCCGCCACCCCAAUCGUUUGCGCCGCCAAAUUAUCCUGCGCCACCUAGGCCACCAAGUCGAAACGGUGGGGAUGAAACGCGCAUUGCGAGGGCGGGAAGCGGCCGCAACAACUCAAAUGGAUCAUUGUUGCAGUCAAGAGUAUUGCCACCUCGUGCUGGAUGGGCAGUGCGAUCACCAUCAUCAUCAUCAACAACAGCAGCAGCAGCAGCAGCAGCAACAACACCACCAACAACAACAACAAACAAUUCUUCCACAUCAAAAUUUUCAUCAUCAUCACCAUCAACGUCUUCAUCAUCAUCAUCAUCAUCUUCAUCCACAUCAUCAUCGACAAGUACAAUUGAUAAACAAUGGGCUGAACAAAAUAUCAACAACAACACAUCAACAUCGACAUCCCAUAAAAAUCCACCACCAAUUCCAUCAAUGGUCAGUGGUACACAAACCUCAGGUCUUACAACUCCAACAUUUAGUCAACGUAACCAAAAUCAACAAGAUCGACAGGUAUCGAUUGGUAACAACAGAAUUUGGUCUGAACGUAUUGAAUUAAGAGGUAGUAGUAAUACAUCACCAAUGUCAUUUAAUGGAACAAUACAACCGUCAAGGUCGCCAUCAUUGGCUUCCAAUGGUUCAUCAUCAAAUAUUCCACGUGUACAUGGACAUGAUCAUACACGUCCAUUACCACCACCAAGAUUGAUUGAUACAACACCAAUAAUAUCAACAAUUGCACCACUAACAGCACCAUUAACACCAUUAUCAACAUCAAGUAGUUUUCGUUCAAGAAUAACACCAAUAACAACAACCAAUUCUUUAAAUGACAAUAGUAUAUUGUCGUCGUUAGCAACAACACCAACAACAACAUCAUCAUUAUCAAGAAUAAAUAAUAAUAAUAAUAAUAAUACCAAUAAUAAUAAUAAUAGUAGUAAUAGUAAUAGUAGUAAUUCUAAUUCUAAUUCUAAUAAUAAUAGUAGAACAACAGUUGGUGAAGUUACAUUAACUGUACCAAGACCAGAUGGUGAAAGAGUUGUUAAUGAAUAUGUUGAAACACCAUUUAGACAACCAACACCAUCAACAAAUCAAAAAUGUCCAAAAAAUGAUAGAAGAUUACAUCAUAAUAAUAAUCAUCAUCAACAUCAUCAUCAUCAAUUACAACAAUUACAAAAUCAACAUCAUCAGCAACAACAACAACAACAAAAUUUACAAAGACAACAACAACAAUUACAACAACAACAAACAAGUAAUGAUAAAAGAAUAAAAAAUACAACAAGAAGAAAUCAAAUAUUAUUACAAUCAUCAUCAUUAUCAAGUAGUCAACCAGUAACAAAACAGCCAGUAUCAUUUACCAAGGAACCAUCAAAUACACUUGGUUCAAGUUCAAUAAAUGGUUUACGUUUUAAUGAUCCUAGUCUAUCAAUAAUGUGUGAUUAUUGUGGUAAAUGUAAAUGUGAAUCAUGUCGUGAAGCACCACCAUUACCAUCACGUUGGUUAUGUGAUAAUUCAUGUUUUUGUUCAGCUGAAACAGCACUUGAUUAUGCAUCAUGUUUAUGUUGUGUUAAAGGUUUAUUUUAUCAUUGUGCUGAUGCUGGUAUUGGUGGUGGUGGUAAUAGUGGUAGUAGUAGUGCAAAUAAUAAUAUAAAUGGUAGUGGUGAUAUUGAAGUUGAUGGUAGUUGUGCUGAUGAGCCAUGUUCAUGUUCUGGUUCACGUAAAACAACAAGAUGGGCAUGUCUUGCUGCAUUAACAAUGGUAUUACCAUGUUUAUUAUGUUAUUGGCCAUUAAAGGGUUGUGUUACACUUUGUGAAACUUGUUAUGCUAAACAUGCUGCUCAAGGUUGCAGAUGUGAUCCAAGCAUUAGACAUCAGGGUGUUGGUUCUGGUGGUGGUGGUGGUGGUAAUUCAUCACUACUUGUUUCACGAGAUUCAAGGGAUACUGAAAAAAGAUUACUUGAUCCAGUCACACCAGAGUUGUGAGCAAUAUUUUCAUGACUCAUUAUCAUUAUUAUUAUUACCAUUAUUAUUUUUUAUUUUAUUUUAUAUAUUAUCAUGUAUUUCAUAUGUGCAAAUAUAUAUUAUUAUUAUUAUUAUUUUUAUUUUUUUUUUGAAAGUUCCAAGUGUUGUCUUAUAAGGAGUACCAAAGUGAGUUGAGUGAGAAAAUGGAAAAAAAAAUAUAUAUGUAUAUUUUAAAAAAAUAAUAAUGUGUGUAUUUUAAAGACAAUUUUUAUUUAAAAAAUAAAAAAUGAGAUAUUUGAUUUGAGUGCAUCGCAAUUAGUACAAGAAUUGCAUUUAAGAUAAAUAUUAAACAUGAAAGGACUAUAAAAACAUUUAAUAUAUCAAAAAGUGGCUUUUCUUUUUUUUUCUUUUUUUUUUUUAUUAUAUAAAAUAUUAUAUUUAUUUAUUGUUAUGUAUAAUAGAAAAAGAAAAUUAAUUACAAUCGCAACGUUUUUUUUUUUAAAUCAAUACUAAAUACUAAAUACUAAACACAAACACACAAACACAAUUAUAGAAUUUGAUUUUUUUUUUAAUUAAAAUGCAUAGAUAACGACAUAAAUAUAUAUUAAAAAUAUAUAACACACAAUUAUAUCGAUGCAAGUAAUAAAAUUAAUAAAAAAAAAAAAAAACCGUAAAAUAUUUAAAAAUUCAUGAAAAUUUCAAGCAAAAAAAUUCAACAUAUAUUACAUUUGUAUAAAGAAACAAAAAAAAAAAAAAAAAAACUUUUCUACAGUUUAAUUUAUUCGUGGGCGUCAUCGCGAUUUAUUGUAUAAGACCGAGGCAGGCUCGAGGUAGAAAUGAAAUUUAAAAAAUAAUAAAAUAAAAAUAUCCAUGAAAAAAAAAAAAAAAAAAA